AUGGACAAGGACAAAAGGAUUCUUAUCGUCGGCGCUGGCGUCUUCGGUCUUUCCACGGCUUUGGAGCUCAGCCGUCGUGGAUACAGCAACGUUAUCGUCCUGGACCGCCACGCUCCUCCAGUCCCUGAUGGAUCCUCAGUCGACAUAUCCCGUAUCGUCAGACCAGAUUAUGCCGAUGCCUUCUAUGCCCGAAUGGGUAUGGAGGCUCUAGCUGGUUGGAAGAAAGAUUUCUCACCAUUCUUUCAUCGCAGCGGCCUUCUUUGUGCUCAAUCCGGAACAGAGUUUGGUCACGCUUACCUGAAAGAAGCAAAAGCCAAUCUCGAGAAUAUCGGUGCUGAGGUCAACCUUUGGGCAUAUACUGGGCGAGAAGCAAGUCAAAGGUAUCCAGGUAUACAUGGCGAUCUGUCGCAGACCAGUGGCUACUGCAAUCUGGAUGCUGGAUGGGCCGAUGCCGGCAAGAGUAUCGAACACCUAGCUAGCUUAUGCGAAGAAGCUGGUGUCACGUUUCUGGUAGGCCAGGAUAGUACCGUCGUUGAGCUCAUCACGACCAAGAGCGGCGAUCGCAUGGAAAUAACUGAAAUCCGAACGGCAAAUGGAGAAAUCUUGGAGGGUGAAAAGGUCAUCAUGGCUACUGGAGCUUGGACACCUCAUCUCAUCGAAGCUGGAAAUCGAUUUAUCUCUACUGGACAGCCGGUAGGCUACAUGCAACUCGCCUCCGAGGAAGCUGAAGUAAUGCGAGGAAAUCCAGUCAUGAUCAACUUGAGCACUGGCUGGUUUGCCUUUCCUCCAACACAAACAGACAACGUCUUGAAAAUGGCAAGACAUGGCUAUGGCUUCGAGACCACACAUACUUCUCAAUCAUCGCAGUACUCGGCUCCAACCUUGGCUUCUCAAGCUGACUACUUGCCUGCCGAUGCAGAGCAAGCUUUGAGAGAUGGGCUUGCACUGUUCUUGCCCAAGUUUAAGGACCGCGCUUUCUCGAAGACAAAGUUUUGUUGGUAUACGGACACGCCGAAAGGAGACUUUAUCGUUGACUACCAUCCCGGUGCGUUCAAGUUCCUACCUAGUUUGGGUCGCUACGUGGUUGACAACUUCGAGGGAAUAGCUUCACCCGAGCAAAAGGAGAAGUGGAAAUGGUCAGAGAGUGCUACACCUAUCAUGCCGGGUGAUGGGAGCCGUGGUGGGCCUGCUAGACGAUUACUCACAGGGGAAGAACAGUCCCGCUUGACACGAGCAUUUGCUUCUUCUUCAUCAUGCAUUGGCAUAAAUACCUGA